AUGGGGCAAUAUCUAGCACACUUUACAGUGCUUUACGCAUUUCUGGCUAGCUUGAGUGUGCAAAUUCAUGCCCUCUCCCCGGACUAUUCUGCAUGCCAAUUACAACAGAAUGCGGAAACCUCUCCCUUGACUGGGUGCCCAGAUGGAACGCUGUUUGUGUCGCCCACAGAUAGCAGAGCAAGUUUUAAAACUGUCCAGGCUGCUGUGGAGUCCCUACCAGAGACGGGCGACGCAAUAAUCCUGAUUGGAGCGGGAGAAUACUUUGAGAUGGUCAAUGUUACGCGAUCCGCGCCGCUCACUCUUCUGGGCCAGCUUCAUCCUGACACUGCUUACGACCCGGCGGGGAAUGCUUCUCAGCGCAACCUUGUUCACAUUUGGAACAAUUUACAUGCCCACGGCGGAAUGUCCGACGAGGAGACUGCGACUCUUACCGUUGCACGUCCUCGCGGACAGCAGUUCGGUAACACCGACUUCAAAGCGUAUAAUAUCAACUUCGAAAAUCGCGCUGCCAAUUACUCGAUUUCUCAAGCUCUCGCCGGGUCCUUCAGCUCUGCAAAUGUUUCCUUCUAUGGGUGUACCUUUGCAAGCUGGCAGGAUACGUGGUACACCGGUCACGGCGCAUAUUCAUAUGCUGUUGACAGCAUAAUAUACGGUCAAACUGAUUAUCUUUUCGGAUUUGGCACUGCCUGGUUCCAAAACGUGAUUUUGGCCAAUCGAGCUUGUGGUGGUGGUAUCACAGCAUGGCAGGGCAAAGAAGGCACCAGGAAUGGAGCAUUCAUCGCCGAUUCGAAAAUCAUUCGGUCUCCAGACGCAAAUAUCACUACCGUGACUGAUGGCCGAUGCUACCUCGUAGGACGCCCGUGGAAUACCCUGGCUGUCGCCGUAUAUUUGCGUACAUACAUGGAUGAGAGCAUUCACCCUGCGGGUUUCACACCCUGGUCCAGAGAAACGUCUAUUCCAAAAACCACAUAUUUCGCAGAGUAUGAUUCGUUUGGUCCUGGUGGGGACACGUCGAAACGUGUACUCCAAGAAUUUAUCUUGAACGCCGCGCAGGUGAACGCAAACUUCACAUUGGAGUCAGUGUUUGCUGGUACACCAGCGUGGAUUGACUUUAACUACGAGUAUUGA